AUGAGCAAGAGAGAGAUCAGUGUGUGUCAACAAACUUGGGCCUUAAUAUGCAAGAACUUUCUUAAAAAAUGGAGAAUGAAAAGAGAGCCCUUAAUGGAAUGGAUAAGCUCAUUGUUCCUACUACUCUUUUUGUACCUAUAUCCUCAUGGCCAUGAUGUUCAUGAUUUUUCUUCGCUGCCUACCCUGGACCUGGGACGGGUAGAUUCAUUCAGUGAAUCCAGAUUUUCUAUUGCAUACACACCCAUCACUAAUACAACCCAACAGGUAAUGGAUAAAGUAGCCUCUGCUUCCUUCCUAGUAGGUAAGUUUUCUAGCAACUACCCUGAUGACAGUACGGUUUCUUUUCUUCACAAAGGUCAUUGUUAUGAAAUGAAUGAAGAUGUUAACUGUGAAGUUUCAUUAUUCUGGGAGAAAGGUUUUGUGGCUCUUCAAGCUGCCAUUAAUGCCGCCAUUAUAGAAGUCACAACAAAUCACUCAGUGAUGGAGGAAUUGAUGUCAGUUACUGGAAGAUGUAUGAAGAUACAUCCCUUCAUUGCUCAAGCAGGAGUCAUAACGGAUAUGCUCAUUUUCUUCUGCAUUAUUUCCUUUUCCCCAUUCACUUACUAUGCAUCCGUUAAUGUCACAAGAGAGAGAAAAAGGAUGAAGGGUUUGAUGGUGAUGAUGGGUCUUCGAGAGUCAGCAUUCUGUUCACUUGCUUCUCUAAGUGAAAGAAUAGCGGGGUUAGGUUUGCUGGGUGGUUGUGAAGCAAGGACGAUGGAAGACAACCAUAGGAGGUUUAUCAUAAACCUGAUUUCCCUCAAUUAAUUACUUUUUAAUUUACAGCUUUUACGUUCGGACUAUGAUUUGAAUUCUAAUGCACUUCCUGAUUCAUCAGUUGGCCCAACUCUCAUUAUACCAAUAUAUUUCAUGUUGGCAUUUGAUACUUGCCUCUAUCUGGCAUUGGCGAUUUACUUCGAAAAAAUUUUUCCAAACCUGGUGCUUGACAUAUAUGAAGGUCAAAUCACUGCAAUACUUGGUCACAGUGGAGCUGGAAAGUCAACAUUGCUAAACAUUCUUAAUGGGUUGUCUGUUCCCACCAAAGGUUCAGUUGCCAUCUACAAUAAUAAACUUUCAGAAAUGGGUAACCUAGAAAACAUCAGCAUGCUCACUGGAGUUUGUCCACAAGCCAAUGUACAAUUUGACUUCCUCACUGUAAAAGAAAACCUCAGGCUCUUUGCUAAAAUAAAAGGGAUUCUGCCACAGGAAGUGGAUAAAGAGAUACAAAGAGUUUUGCUGGAAUUGGAAAUGAAAAAUAUUCAGGAUGUCCGUGCUCAAAACUUAAGUGGCGGACAGAAAAGAAAACUAACCUUUGGGAUUGCCAUUUUAGGAGAUCCCAAGAUUUUCCUGCUGGAUGAACCGACAGCUGGACUGGAUCCCUUUUCACGACACCGAGUAUGGAACCUCCUGAAGGAACGCAAAGCAGAUCGUGUCGUGCUCUUCAGCACCCAGUUCAUGGACGAGGCCGACAUCCUGGCUGGUAAUUGCUGGUUUCCUUUAAGUAACCUGAUGAGGAUUUUAAGAGAUUUAAGAAAUGAAUACGGACGUCGAAAUUCACCUUUGUUUUUCCUGAAGUCCUCAUUUUGGUCACAACAACAAAAGGCUGAUCACGUGGCCCUGGAAGAUGACAUAGAUUCCGAUCUUUCAUCCAAUGACUCUUUCGAACCAGUAUCUCCAGAAUUCCAUGGGAAAGAAGCCAUCAGAAUCAGAAAUGUUACAAAAGAAUAUAAAGGAAAGCCAGAUAAAGUAGAAGCCUUGAAAGAACUUUACAAGGAUCUUGAUAGCUUCCCUGGCCUGGGAAUUGAGAAUUAUGGUGUUUCCAUGACAACUUUGAAUGAGGUUUUCCUGAAACUAGAAGGAAAAUCAACAAUUGAUGAAUCAGAGGUCAACAAACUAUGGCUGUUGAUGCUAGUGGUUGGACUGUCCCCUCUUCUUGUGGGGAAUAUAAUGGUGAAAAUAUAUCAAAACAGUUACACUUGGAGACUUUCUCCUCAUUCGUACUUCCUUGCUCCUGGACAACAACCACGUGACUCUCUCACUCAAUUAUUGAUCAUCAAUAAAACAGGGGCAAGCAUUGAUGACUUUAUACAUUCUCUGGAGCUUCAGAACAUAGCUCUGAAAGUGGAUGUAUUUGGAAUUAAAAAUGGCACAGAUGACCCGGUUUACAAUGGCGCCAUCACGGUGUCUGGGAACAAAAAGAAUUACAACUUUUCCUUCGCAUGCAAUACCAAAAGAUUGAAUUGCUUCCCAGUUCUUAUGGACAUUGUUAGUAAUGGGCUACUUGGAAUGGUUAAACCCUCAGCACACAUCCAAACUGACAGAAGCACAACUGGGGUCACUGUAGUCUCUGUGGCUGGGUUUAUGGCUGAUACCCUUGAAAGAGGUCUACAAUUUUACAUCACCUUUUUAGUACCACCUGCCACAUUGAUUGGCUGUUUCUUCUUAUAUUUAUACUCUUUUGCUGUUGCUCUUUUUACUGGAGAAUCAAUGGGUGUAACACCAUUUCUGAUAUUCCUAAUUCCUUUCCUUCAUUUUAUCAUUUUUCUUUUUAUUCUUCGAUGUCUGGAAUGGAAGUUUGGAAAGAAAUCAAUGAGAAAGGAUCCUUUCUUUAGAAUUUCUCCAAGAAGCAGUGACGUGUGCCAAAACCCAGAAGAGCCACAAGGGGAAGAUGAAGAUGUUCAGAUGGAAAGAGUGAGAACAGCGAAUGCCUUGAGCUCCACAGAUUUCGACGAGAAGCCAGUCAUUAUUGCCAGCUGUCUGCGCAAGGAGUAUGCAGGGAAGAGGAAAUGCUGUCUUUCCAAGAGGAAGAAUAAAAUAGCCACAAGAAAUGUCUCUUUCUGUGUUAGACAAGGUGAGGUUUUAGGAUUAUUAGGACACAAUGGAGCUGGUAAAAGUACAUCCAUUAAGGUGAUAACCGGAGACACAAAGCCAACUGCUGGACAGGUGCUAUUGAAAGGAAGCGGUGGAGGGGACACCCUGGGGUUCCUGGGGUACUGUCCUCAGGAGAACGCGCUGUGGCCCAGCCUGACGGUGAGGGAGCAUCUGGAGGUGUACGCCGCCGUGAAAGGGCUGAGGAAAGUGGACACGGAGGUCACUAUUACACGGUUAGUCAACAUGCUCAAGCUGCAGGACCAGCUGAAGGCUCCCACGAAGACCUUAUCGGAGGGAAUGAAGAGAAAGCUGUGCUUUGCGCUGAGCAUCCUGGGGAACCCGUCAGUGGUGCUUCUGGAUGAGCCGUCGACUGGGAUGGACCCCGAGGGGCAGCAGCAAAUGUGGCAGGCAAUUCGGGCCACGUUUAGAAACACGGAGAGGGGCGCCCUCCUGACCACCCACUACAUGGCAGAGGCCGAGGCCGUGUGUGACCGAGUGGCCAUCAUGGUGUCCGGAAGGCUGAGAUGCAUCGGUUCCAUCCAACAGCUGAAAAGCAAAUUCGGCAAAGAUUAUCUGCUGGAGAUGAAGGUGAAGACCCCCACACAAGUGGAGCCCCUCCAUGCAGAGAUUCUGAGGCUUUUCCCACAGGCUGCUCGGCAGGAAAGGUACUCUUCUCUGAUGGUCUAUAAGUUGCCAGUGGAAGAUGUACGACCGUUAGCCCAAGCUUUCUUCAAAUUAGAGAAGGUUAAACAGAGCUUCGAUCUGGAAGAGUACAGCCUCUCACAGUCUACCCUGGAGCAGGUUUUCCUGGAACUCUCCAAAGAGCAGGAACUGGAUGAUUUUGGUGAGGAAAUUGAUCCCUCAGUGAAGUGGAAGCUCCUCCCACAGGAAAAGCCUUAAAGCCCAAAUUAUGUGUUCCUGGUUAAGCCUGUGAUUGUUUUUUUUUUUUUUAAAGACAUUUAUUUUUAUAGCAUCAAUGUUACAUUUUUAGAAACUACAUUCUAAGCACUGAAAUGGUUCUUCCUGUGGGCGGAGGAGGUGGGGAAGGAAGAGCAAGUGGCAUUUGACUGAG